AUUGUGACAGCAGUGAAGUUUUUACAGAAUCCACGAGUACGCCAAAGUCCUCUUGCAACCAGAAGAGCGUUUCUGAAGAAGAAAGGCCUGACAGAUGAAGAAAUUGACCUGGCUUUCCAGCAGUCGGGCACAAGCACGGAUGAGCCACAGUCCCCAGGUCCUUCUACACCGCUGGUGCCAACUCAGCCCUCUCACCCUGUGGUGUAUAUAUGUAGUCCACCUGGCUCCAGAUGGCGAGAUUAUGGGGCUUUGGCUAUCAUAAUGGCAGGAAUUGCCUUUGGAUUCCACCAGCUCUACAAGAAAUACCUGCUUCCUCUCAUUAUGGGAGGCAAAGAAGACAGGAAACAACUUCAGAGGAUUGAGUCAAACAUUUCUGAGAUGAGUGGCAGUGUGACACAGACAGUGACUCAGUUACAGACAACUUUAGCAGCUGUCCAGGAACUGCUAAUCCAGCAACAACAGAAAAUCCAAGAGCUUACCCAAGAACUGGCUGCUUCUAAGGCCACAACUUCCACCAACUGGAUUCUGGAGUCACAGAAUAUUAAUGAAUUGAAAUCUGAGAUCUACUCGUUAAAAGGACUUCUCCUGAACCGGAGGCAGUUCCCUCCCUCCCCUUCGGCUCCUAAGAUCCCUUCAUGGCAGAUCCCAGUGAAGCCAAGCUCACCCUCCAACCCUGUUGUUGCAAACCAUAAUAGCAGCAGUGACAUCUCGCCUGUCAGCAAUGAGUCUACCACCUCAUCACCAGUCAAGGAGAACCACAGCCCUGAGGGUUCCAAGGUCAGCUGCCAUCUGCUGAGCACAGAGGAGGGCAACCAGGCAGUGAUCGACGUCAAGAGCCAAGUGCGGAUGGAGGUGCAGGGUGAGGAGGAGAAAAGGGAAACCAAAAGGAACGAAGAGGAGGAAGAGGACGAUGAUGAUGAUGAUGUUAGCCAUGUGGAUGAGGAGGAAUGUUUGGGUGUCCAGACUGAGGACCGGCGAGGAGGGGAUGGUCAGAUUAAUGAGCAAGUGGAAAAGCUACGAAGACCUGAGGGGGCCAGCAACGAGAAUGAGAUUGACUAAAGCACCCUGGCUUCUACUGCUGCUGCUGUACAUCUUCCCUAGCCUCCUGCACUGUCCCCGGUGCCUCUCCCAUUUUGUGGAGAGAAGUGCCACCAUCCCCUCCAGUGAUUCUCCCAUGACUGACCUUGAGAAGGGUCAUGAUUGCCUAGUGAGCAAGGUGGGCCCUCUUUCACCACAGGGCUUUGCAGCGUUGCAGUGGCUUUUUCUCCCCUCCCAGACCCACGUUCUCCCCAUGAGCUGGGGUCACUGCCUAGGCUGGAAGACCAAUCGCCUUACCAUACACCACAACUCUUACAAAACACCAUCUUUCCUGAAACAGCCUCUUUGCUGCAUCCUAGAAUCCUUCUAUCCAAUUUGAGAAACAAAUCUGUCCUGAGUUCUUUGAUUUCACAAGCCUUUAAUCCCC